AAGGGGUCCUCGCCAGUUGCUCCAGUUCAUGUUGUCAAUGAAGAAUCAGCUGACAAGACUAAUUUGGGCUUCAUUCACGCGUUUGUGGCUGCUAUAUCGGUCAUCAUUGUAUCAGAACUGGGGGAUAAGACCUUCUUCAUCGCAGCCAUCAUGGCGAUGCGGUACAACCGUUUGACUGUACUGGCUGGUGCUAUGCUUGCCUUGGGACUGAUGACAUGUUUAUCAGUUUUGUUUGGCUAUGCCACCACAGUUAUUCCUCGGGUGUACACAUAUUAUGUGUCAACGGCACUGUUUGCAAUUUUUGGCAUCCGAAUGCUUCGGGAAGGCUUGAAAAUGAGUCCAGAUGAGGGUCAGGAAGAGCUGGAGGAAGUUCAAGCAGAAAUUAAAAAAAAAGACGAGGAACUUCAGAGAACUAAACUGUUAAAUGGGCCAGGAGAUGUGGAAUCCGGGCCAGGCACCACUAUACCUCAGAAGAAGUGGCUACAUUUUAUUUCUCCAAUCUUUGUUCAGGCUUUUACUUUAACGUUUUUAGCAGAAUGGGGUGAUCGUUCCCAAUUAACAACCAUCGUCUUGGCUGCCAGAGAGGACCCCUAUGGUGUGGCGGUAGGAGGAACAGUGGGACAUUGCCUGUGCACUGGUUUAGCAGUUAUUGGAGGGAGAAUGAUAGCACAAAAAAUUUCUGUUAGAACUGUGACAAUCAUAGGAGGCAUUGUCUUCUUAGCGUUUGCGUUUUCUGCACUAUUUAUAAGUCCAGACUCUGGUUUUUAAAAUUUUUCAUCACUGCAAAAGAACAAGGAUUGGAAGCAUCAAGCAGCUGUCCUUGUGCAUUUUUGUAUAUAAUGUACAGAAUUAUAGCUAAAGAAGCACUGAAGAUGAGACACUGAACUUUUUAUAGCAAAUGAUUCAUAGGACUGACGCAUUUAUGGCCAGCUUCUGCAGUGGACAUCUGCUUGUUGUCUGGUUUGUUUACUCCAUGGUGCCCGCUCCCUUGGUGGGAUUUGUGUGGUUUUCUUGCUUGCUGGACCUGGCUCGGCUGAGUUCUGGGAAUCUACCCUCAUAAGUAUUGAGGCUUCCUCUUUUCUUCCUCCGUUACACAUGGCCACCUUUCCUGUUUCUUCAAGAGCCGAUUCUUAAGGCUUCUUGAAGCAGACUGUGUCAUGUUCCAUGUUGCUCAACAGAAGGCGUUAAGGAGAAAACUGCUGGCUCCACCUCCAAAGACUUUGGUUCCAGGGUGCACCCGAGGCUGGAUAA